UCUGCUGCACCGCUGCUACACUCUCCUCGGACUCACUCACCUCAUUAUCUGGUGCCAACGUUAAUGCUUCCUCCUCGAUCUGGCAGGUGCGUGCAUUUUGGUUGUGGCUUCAAUAUAUCUCCUUAGCGCUUUAUUCUAGGGGCUUAGAAUAAACAGUUUGUGAUAGUGCGCGUCGCCACUGAGAUCUCUCGACUAGAAUUUAGUCCUGCGUAAAAGUAAACUCAGUCAUCUUAUUUUGCUGCAGCAACCAGCGGUGUGUCUGCGAGUUUAGAGGCUUCUAUUUGUACUUUAUAAUAACAUUUAUACUUCACAGCUCAUCGCGAUAGGUUUACUAUAAUAUCCUAUUGGGGGGUUGUUAUUUUCCUGCGAUUUUAGACCCGUAAAGAAUCAUUUUUAACACCCGUCAUCUGACUUUAGGCCACAGCUCCUCUGCGUAAAGGUGAGCAUCUGGUGUGACCAGUAAGGGGGGCAAAAACAAGGCAGCUGGGCCUCACUCCGGUUCGGGACUAUAAUCAGUUUAUAGACAAAACAAUUUGAACGGUUGAAGAUCGACUGCAGAAGUCUGGGUUCAUGCCGGAUUUCGAGCACUUCAGAUUUUCCUAUUCGAGCAUGAAUCUGGCCCUGGGGGAGAGCGGCUUCCUGGCCCCGCAGCAGCACCACCACCAGAUGCCGGGCCAGAACGACUCCGCAAUGAUGGAGCCGGGCUACUUCCUGGGGGACCACGGAGGCUUCGGGCCUGAUGGGUUGUCCGGGCUGGACCUGGGCUCCUUACCGCCGUCGGGCCUCACCUACCUGCACCUGAGCAACCCCUUGCACCGCGGACCCCCCGCGGCCACCGCGCUGCGCAACGACCUGGGCUCCAACAUCAGCGUCCUGAAGACCCUGAACCUGCGCUUCCGCUGCUUCCUGGCCAAAGUGCACGAGCUGGAGCGCAGGAACAAGGUGCUGGAGAAGCAGCUGCAGCAGGCUCUGGAGGAUAACGGUGGGGGGGAUGGACACCAGAAGCCGCAGACUAAAAACAUGGGGGUCCAGACUGGAUUUAUCGGGCCUAUCCAAGCCAGACCGGGACUCAUCUCGCUCCACAAUGCCAACAACUCGGCCUACCUGCCCGGCGGCCUCCUCUCCCCCACCCUGAACCCCCCUCCUCUCUUUGACAACAAACACCUGCUGGGGAAUAACCUGAACCCGAGCUCACUGUCCAUGGAUUCAAACUCCAACCUCACCACUUCCGGCUUCUCCAUCAGCCCGGCCCUGAGCCCAAUGGACCCUUCCAAAACCUUCACCAACAUCAACGAGAAGUACACCUCUCACUCCGGGACGAACACCAACUUCAUCACCGCGCCGCCCCCCCGCUUCCUCCCCGGGACGCUCUGGUCCUUCAACCACAGCCGCCGGUUUGGCUCCGGGAGGGAGUCCUGCGCCACGGGCCCCGGGGCCCCCUGGACGCAGCCGGACGGGGUUGGGGUCCAGAUCGACACCAUCACACCGGAGAUCAGGGCCCUGAACAACGUGCUGGCCAAGGUGAAGAGGGAGAGAGACGAGUACAAGAGAAGAUGGGAAGAGGAGUACACAGCCAGGAUGGACAUGCAGGAGAAAGUGGCUGAACUGGAGGAGGACCUGCAGGAGAGCGAGGUGUGUCAGGAUGAGCUGGCGAUGAGGGUGAAGCAGCUGAAGGCCGAACUGGUUCUCUUCAAAGGACUCGUCAGCAACAACCUGUCAGAUCUGGACAGUAAGAUCCAGGAGAAAGCCAUGAAGGUGGACAUGGACAUCUGCCGCCGCAUCGACAUCACCGCCCGUCUGUGUGACGUCGCCCAGCAGAGGAACUGUGAGGACAUGAUCCAGAUGUUCCAGCAGGUGGCCACGCCCCCCUCCACUCUGAGUGGCCGGUCCAGGAAACCAAGCGGCCAGUCGGCAAAGGGCGGAGACGGAGACGAACUGAGCAUGUCCGAGAGCGAGGGAGGCGGGGCUAAAGACGAAGAGUCCUGCAGCACGUCGGCCAAUCAGAUCAACGAGCAGAUGCAGAGGAUGCUGAAUCAGCUGAGGGAGUGUGAGUUUGACGAUGACUGUGACAGUCUGGCCUGGGAGGAAACAGAGGAAACCCUUCUGCUCUGGGAGGAUUUCCCUGGAUACCCACUGGGAGUGGAAACACAGGGAGAGCUGCAGCAGCAUGAGGAGUCCAUCGAGGAGGUGAUCAAAGACACAGAGUGCAUGUUCAGAUCCAGAGAGAAGGAAUACCAGGAGACCAUCGACCAGAUAGAGCUGGAGCUGGCUACAGCUAAGAGCGACAUGAACCUCCACCUGCAUGAGUACAUGGAGAUGUGCUCCAUGAAGAGAGGCCUGGACGUCCAGAUGGAGACCUGCAGGAGACUCAUCACACAGAGCGGAGACGGGAAGUCGCCCUCGCUCAUGCCCCUGACGGUGGACGACUCCGACAGCGAGGAGAAGAAGAUACCCGCCCUCCCCGGCGAGUCUGAGACGAGCAAACCUUACUGCAAUGCUGCCACCCCCCUCCUCACCUGGAGGAAACCCUGAAACACACACACACACACACACACACACACACACACACACACACACACACACACACACACACACACACACACACACACACACACACACACACACACACACACACAUACUGCUGGUAAAUAAUCACUCCAAAUCUCUUUUCUUCAUUCAGUGCCGAGUUUAAAUUGUGGUUGUUUUCACUCACCAUGAAACUUCCACACACCUAAAGUGAUUAGGUGUACAUCUGCUGCUUUAAAACCAGCUGAUGUCAAAUGUUCUCUUUGAAAGCAUCCAGUCUGAUGUUUGCUCAUUUUCACUUGCCGCCAGCCUGAGCAGGAAAAUUAAAACAAAGAAAGAAAACCGAAUGUGCUUGCAACACUUUUACCUUAUGGUAGAAUAUAGAAAGAUUUGAGCUUCAUAAAAAAAGCAAAAAACAAUUCUCUUGAUGUCCCACUGCUGCCCUCCCAUGGCUAUCAGCUGUAACUGCACCUCAGUGAAGGUCAAACAGAACAAAAUGGCACUUAGACAUUUUUUUACUGGUUCUGUUUGUUGAAUAAAAGGACCAUUUUUAUUUUGCACAAUGACCUUGAUAUAUCUGAUUGUUUGCACAGUUUCUGUUCUCAUUUAUUUCAGCUGCAGGCGCACAGAGAGGCAGCGACGCACAAUAAGUAGUUUGCACACUAAUGCUCUUUGAAAAGUUUUACUUACUAUUUACUAUCAAGAAAUGCUUUUUCUUACCGUGUGAUUUUAUUUCAUUGUAUGUCAUUCUGUCAUCUGCAAGUAUAGCAGAGGUUUCGAUCCUUAAAUGUGACCCAAUUGCCACUUUUCUGGGAUAUUACUGAACGUUAAGUUAGGAUCUAAAUUAGAGAAUCCUGUUUGACAGAUGUUGAACAAUCAAAGCCUUUCUUGCCUUAAACUGAUUCCCCACAUUUUAGAAGUAUCACCCCUUCUCUGCACUAAAGUGAAAGUUAUUCAGGAACACUGUCCAGAAAAGGCAUCAUUAAGCAAUUCAUCUUUUUAUUAAUUAGUAAUUAUUUUAAAAGUGCAUAUUUGCGAACUCCACCUCAGAUUUCUGAAUGUGAAAUAGACAUUCACGAUAAUAAAGUAGCUGCUUAGAAAGCUUUAAAUAGAGUGUCGGCCAUAUAUGAGGCUUUCCUCUGUUAUGACAGAAGUUGAAGUAGUUUUCUUAUAUUUUGCCCGGUGAACAUUUUGCAUUGUAUUUUAUGUCUGCAUCUGCCAGUGGGCCAUCACGAUUACAGUAGGCAUAUUAAUAUUAAAUUCCUCAACAGAAGCUUGAUAAUUAGGUGGAAAAAAUAUCUGCCUAUAUUGGAUAUCGGCAACGUCCAAUGUCAAGCAUUCCUAAUUUCAAACAAUGAUUUAUUUGAGGAGAUUUUUAGAUAAUGUUUCUUUAGAUCCAUCACAAAAACUCUUUAAGCCUAAUCUAAUAGUUUAUCUUAGAUUUUGGGAAGGCAAGUUGUAUAAAGGACAGAUAUAGUAUUGUAACUAAUGUUUAAUUUGAUUUAUUAAUCCUGCAAUUACUUUCUAGAGAAUGUCAAAUAGGAAGAGUAAAAAUGACUUGAUAGCCAAAAGCUUAUUAUCUUCAGUUUACCACCACAGAAGACUCAAACAAGCAAAUAUUCAUACUUGAGGGUCUGGAACCGGUGAAAUGUGGGGCAUUGUUGCUUUAAAAUAAUUACAAGCAAUUCAAAAUGCUUAGAAAUUAUUUUCUGUCAAUUGAUUAAACAACUAAUUGUUUCAGUUCUGACAGAUCAACCUAUAAUUAAUAUGCUAAUGGCAUGUGUAAAGAAAGCAUUACUCUUGAAACUCCUAUGUAAUAUGUUAUGAUGUGAUACUAUUUAAAGUUGUUUGGCAACAACAGAAAUCUAAAGGGCAUUUUAAUCUUUAAUUUUACAAAAGUUAAAACCUAUUUUAAGAAUUUACAGUUUGUAAAGGAUAAAUAAUACUGUAACUAAUGUAUAUAACAGGGCUGUGUAUAAUGCUUGUAAGCUUCAUGUUCUAUAAUGUAAAUUAAGCAAAGCUCAAUGCAAAUAAGCAUUGUAUUUAUACCUUUCAUUUAAUAUUUACAUCGCUAUUACUCUCAACUAAUGUAGACGUAUUUAGGUAUCAUAUCAGUUCAUUGAGUACAAUUUGAAAAGGGUUGUCUUUGUGGUUUCAGAGCGAAUGCACCUGCAACAAUGAUACAAAGUGAAUUUAAGCUGAGUUUCCCAGUUUCCUGUGAGUUUAUGAGUGUAAAUACGCAGAGGAAAGAAGCCAUUUUGCUGGAGGUGUUUUGAGAAAUAAGGAAUAUAUUUUCAAUAGCUUGUGCCUGCUUUUCUGUCUUUGUUGAUAUGAGUGUUCCAACGUUCCUCCCUUCAAACACUGAAACAUGUUUCAUCCAAUGAAUGUCUGCUUAGUUAAUAACCUGCCAUGUUCACCUGGUAAACAGAUCAAAUAAAUGGACUUCAAUGUAAAAUAAUUCCUUUUAUGUCAAGGGAAAGCAAAGCUAAGGCAAGUGAACACUUAAAGCGAAG